AUGGAUCCCGGGCAACAGCCGCCGCCUCAGCCGGCUCCCCAGGGCCAAGGGCAGCCGCCCGCACAGCCCCCCCAGGGGCAAGGCCCGCCGUCCGGGCCGGGGCAGCCUGCACCGCAAGCAUCCCAGGCGGCGCCCCAGGCCCCCCCCGCCGGGCACCAGAUCGUGCACGUCCGGGGGGACUCGGAGACCGACCUGGAGGCGCUCUUCAACGCCGUCAUGAACCCCAAGAAGGCCAACGUGCCCCAGACCGUGCCCAUGAGGCUCCGGAAGCUGCCCGACUCCUUCUUCAAGCCGCCGGAGCCCAAAUCCCACUCCCGACAGGCCAGUACACAGCAUGUUCGAGCUCAUUCCUCUCCAGCUUCCCUGCAGCUGGGAGCCGUUUCUCCUGGGACACUGACCCCCACUGGAGUAGUCUCUGGCCCAGCAGCUACACCCACAACUCAACAACAUCUUCAACAGUCAUCUUUUGAGAUACCUGACGAUGUUCCUCUACCAGCAGGCUGGGAGAUGGCAAAGACGUCUUCUGGUCAGAGAUACUUCUUAAAUCACAUUGAUCAGACAACAACAUGGCAGGACCCAAAGAAGGCCAUGCUCUCUCAGAUGAAUGUUACAGCCCCCACUAGUCCACCCGUGCAACAGAAUAUGAUGAACUCGGCCUCAGGUCCUCUUCCUGAUGGAUGGGAACAAGCCAUGACUCAGGAUGGAGAAAUUUACUAUAUAAACCAUAAGAACAAGACCACCUCUUGGCUAGACCCAAGGCUUGACCCUCGUUUUGCCAUGAAUCAGAGAAUCAGUCAGAGUGCUCCAGUGAAACAGCCACCACCCCUUGCUCCUCAGAGCCCACAAGGGGGUGUCAUGGGAGGUGGCAGUUCCAACCAGCAGCAACAGAUGAGGCUGCAACAAUUGCAAAUGGAGAAAGAGAGACUGCGACUGAAACACCAAGAACUGCUCUGGCAGGCAAUGCGGAAUAUCAAUCCCAGCACAGCAAAUUCUCCAAAAUGUCAGGAAUUAGCUCUCCGUAGCCAGUUACCAACACUGGAGCAGGAUGGUGGCACUCAAAAUCCAGUAUCUUCUCCUGGGAUGUCUCAGGAAUUGAGAACAAUGACAACCAAUAGCUCAGAUCCCUUUCUUAACAGCGGUACCUAUCACUCUCGAGAUGAGAGUACAGACAGUGGACUGAGCAUGAGCAGCUACAGUGCCCCUCGAACCCCAGAUGACUUCUUGAACAGUGUUGAUGAAAUGGAUACAGGUGAUACCAUAAACCAAAUCUCCCUGCCCUCACAGCAGAACCGUUUCCCAGACUACCUUGAAGCCAUUCCUGGGACAAAUGUGGACCUUGGAACACUGGAAGGAGAUGGAAUGAACAUAGGAGAGGAGUUGAUGCCAAGUCUGCAGGAAGCUUUGAGCUCUGACAUCCUUAAUGAUAUGGAGUCUGUUUUGGCUGCCACCAAGCUAGAUAAAGAAAGCUUUCUUACAUGAUUAUAGAGCCCUCAGGUAGACUGAAUUCUAAAUCUGUGAAGGAUCUAAGGAGAUAAGACAUAAUACCUGAUAUUUCCAAAUAAGCCGGUCACAGUUUUAUGGCCAAUACAGAAACAGAUGAACAAACGUCCAGCAAGAUUCUUUCAUCCACUCUUCUGCUCUUCCUUGUCCAUUGCUGCUGUUAAUAUAUUGCUGACCUCUCUCACAGUUGGCUCUAAAGAAUCAAAAAGCAAAAAACAAAACUGUUUUAUUUCUUUUGCUAUUAUAACUACUGUUCAUUUGGGGGCUGGAGGAAGUGAGCCUGUUUGGAUGAUGGCUGCCAUUCCUUUUGCCCAGUUAGACAUUCACCAGUCAUUUUAACUAAGUACUCAGACUUGGAAGUCAAAUGCUUCAUGUCACAGCAUUUAAUUUGUUCAAGCAAUUGUUUCUUCAGCUGCCUUUGGCCAGUGGGAAAACAUGACUUACUGGUCUGACAAGCCAAAAAUGUUGUAUCUAAUAUUGAAUGAUUAAUGCUGAUUUGAAGAGAUAGCUGAAACUAAGGCUGAAGACUGUUUUACUUUCAGUGUUUUUUUUUUCCUCCUAGUGCUAUCAUUCGUCACAUAGUGACCUUGAUUUUAUUUUAGGAGCUUAUAAGGCAUGAGACAAUUUCCAUAGAAAUAUAUUAAUUAUUGCCACAUACUCUAGUAUAGGUUUUGGUGGAUAUUUUAUGGUUUUUUGUUUGUUUGUUUUUGUUUUUGUUGGAACCUAGGCAAAUUACCAUAUUAGUGAAUCUGUUUAUAGGUAUAGCUUGGAGCGAUUAUUGUA